GAUACAUAUUCUAAUACUUAUCGGGAAGAAUAAGACGGAAGGAAAAGAUCCGGUAGUUUGUUCAAGGAUCACCAUAAGUACAGAUAAUCUCAUUAUCUAAAGUUGUACAGGACCAGCUUAGAGACGUUAAUAAUUGAAAAUAUAACUUUAUUUACUAUGAGUACUUAAACUUAAAUGGUUAAACAACAUUUCAUAAAAGUUUUGACUUUCUUUGUUACAGAUAAUAUCAACUAAGCAUCUUACAUCAAUUCUUUCUAUAAUAAUUGCAUGCCAUAUCCGGACUUCAAUGUGCUGCAGUUGUAAAAAAUAUAAUAUAUACAAGUUAUGUGAUAAUAAACUAUCAACGUGAAAUAAGUGGAAAAAUGUAUGUUACAACUUUUGAAUACUAUUUCCUUCUUUUAUUGGUACUUGUACCUGUACACUUAUUCUUUAAGCUUUGGUCUUGGCUAGGGUGGGAGUUAUUUAUCAAUAAUUAAUGUCGUAGCAUAUAAAAAUCAAUAAUAAAACUGUAUACCAAUUGCUCGUUUCUAUAUA